AUGCAGCCCACGCUGAAGGAGCCCUCACGGCCCGUGACGCAGGAGAACAGGUCGCUCUUCCAGAUGCCCGACGGUGGCGGGUCGAGCUCCUCGCGGCCCACGUCUGGGUACUCGGUCGAGCAGCUAUCCUUCGUGCGGGACACGUACGGCAGCCGAUCCGACUCCCGCGGGAGCCGCUGCAGCAGGUCCGGCCGGAGGCCCGAGACCAUCGCCGAGGACGAAGAAGGCUAUCGGCGCGAGGGCGUCGCGGACGUCCUCCGACUCGACGACGACGAGGACCGACAGCCGCGGCCCCACCCCGGCGCGCCCGUCGCCGGCGGACUCGGAGGUCGGCGCCUCCUCCGGCAGCGAGGAGCUCACGCCGAUGACCCCCGCGGGCCCUCCAGGCGGCCCGGUGCCGCCGAGCCGAGUGCCAGCUCGGCCGCCGAGGCCUCCCGGCGUGGGCUACCCCGCGCACGGCGCCGCGGGGCUGCGGCCGUCGGGAGAGGCUACCCGGAGCAGCCGCCGCCCGUGUCGGUCGCCGACCUGUCGCCGCGCGCGCGGCGGCAGCUGGGGCAGGCCGACGCUGGCGCCUCGGUGCGCAAGCGGGCGUCGGACGGGUCGCCCAGGAGGCGGAAGACCUCGAGAUCCCCGGCGCCGCCCGCCGCAGGGGAUGAGGCCGCCGGGGACCGCCCCGCGACGGGGUCCGACGCCGUGCCCGGGGGCUCCGGGACGCAGUGGGACGCGGCGUGCGAGGCAGUCAUCGCCAAGCUGCAGUCCUUCGCGGCGUCCAAGGACCGAGGCGUCGGAAGGGCGCAGGGCUCAUGCUGGAGCUGUGCGAGCACAUCUGGGGGCUGGUGGCCGACCUUGAGGCCGGCAAGGGCACGAGGCCGGGGCACCACGCGCAGCAGCUGCUGA